AUGUCUUCACCCUACAUUCCAGCCACCCCAAAUCUAAUGACGGACUUUGAUGCUUCGACGGUGUGCACAGAUUCCACCGGCAGCCCCUUGACGGGUUCUGGUUCUGGUGCCAGGGGCACCACGGCGACGUCCGUAACGAAUUCGCCUACUCUUCCCCGAGGUGCAGGCUCUAUUUUGCCAUCUCCUCAGCCGUCGGGCGAUUACCAUGGAGAGAAACUGGAGAUUGGGUGGCCUGGGCUUGCUCAAGAGCUAGCACGGAACCCAGCGCUCGAGGCCUUUCCCCGUUUCAGAGAGUUGAACGUGAAGAACCUUCUGUACUACCAGGUUGAGAUCACAGAACUGGAGUCACAGUUGAAGAAGAUUGAAUGGACGGAUCAUUACACCGGCAUCAAACCGCAAAGUCUUUACGCAAAGAGAGCUGACAAGAUGUUGUUUGCGGGCCGUGCCGGUGACGAACCAGACCCUGUGGGCACACAGCGUCAACUAGUAUACAAGAUACGACAACUGCUGAAGGAAUACAACGAGGCCCUCCUCCAACAUGCACAGAUAACCGCGAUGCCACACCCCAACUAUGUCAACAUCGAUUGCCUCCAGCUGAAGAUGCAUGAAGACUCGAUACAUCGCAUCAGAGGAACUGGGGAAAAAGCUUGGGGUGACCCGGACAAGCCCAAAGAAGUGCCCUCACCGGCCCCUCUGCAAAACAUCCGGCCUCUGUUGCUCGCUCUGUUUUGGAAGCGUGAGGCGAGGCGAGACGAUAGAGACCUGGUCGCAGUGAACCCGCCUCCAAAGCUGGACAAUUUUACUUACUGGAUAUCGCACGACUUCAUCCCGUUCUAUCAUGUCCAUAUACGGCCGAAACUCAGGGACACAAGGAAAAAAAUAAGAAAAUUUCUGUGCCAGUGGAACGACGGGGUACAAGAUUCGGAGAACCAGAGGAGGGAAGGCGUAAACACUGAGCCUGUAGUGUACCGGAGGGCGGUCAUGUUGCAAUUCACCUCGGGCGCGGCGACCGUCGUGGCCUGCCUUCUGCCAACGCUUGCCAUAGGCAUCUUGACCACGGCCGAGACGAGGCUGCAGAGACUGCUUUACAUUGGCGGUUUCACCGCUCUGUUUGCCAUAGGUGUGCAGUGGCUCGCUGAUGCAAACACCUCAAGAGUGCAAGUGUUCACGGCUACCGCUGCGUUCUCGGCCGUCUUAGUCGUAUUCGUUCAGGGCCAGUAG